UUCCGGAAGGAGCAUGGCCGCCGCCGAGACCUGGCCAGGCUUCGCACGCUGAGCCGCCGGCGCCAUGCAGUCCGAUGAUGUUAUCUGGGAUACAUUAGGAAAUAAGCAGUUUUGUUCUUUCAAAAUAAGAACUAAGACUCAAAGUUUUUGCAGAAAUGAAUACAGCCUGACUGGACUGUGUAACCGGUCGUCUUGUCCCCUGGCAAACAGUCAGUAUGCCACUAUCAAAGAGGAGAAAGGACAGUGCUACUUGUAUAUGAAGGUUAUAGAGCGAGCAGCUUUUCCUAGGCGUCUCUGGGAACGGGUCCGGCUUCAUAAAAACUAUGAGAGAGCACUGGAACAAAUAGAUGAAAAUCUAAUUUACUGGCCCCGUUUCAUUCGACACAAGUGUAAGCAAAGAUUCACCAAGAUCACCCAGUACCUAAUUCGAAUUAGAAAACUUACACUAAAGCGACAGAGGAAACUUGUUCCCUUGAGUAAGAAGGUGGAGCGGAGGGAGAAAAGAAGAGAGGAAAAGGCAUUAAUAGCUGCGCAGCUGGAUAAUGCUAUUGAAAAGGAAUUGCUGGAGAGAUUGAAACAAGAUACGUAUGGCGACAUCUACAACUUCCCCAUUCAUGCCUUUGAUAAAGCCCUGGAACAGCAGGAGGCAGAGAGUGACUCUUCAGAUUCUGAGGAAAAAGAUGAAGAUGAAGAAGAUGUGGGAAAAAGAGAGUUUGUGGAAGACGAUGAGGUGGAUGAAAGUGACAUAAGUGAUUUUGAGGAUAUGGAUAAAUUGGAUGCCAGCAGUGACGAAGAUCAGGAUGAUAAAUCCUCCAGUGAGGAAGAAGAAAAGGUCCUUAAUGCAAAACAUAAAGGCAAAACACCCUUGAAAGGACACUUGCAGAGAAAACGAGCCUAUGUAGAGAUAGAGUAUGAGCAGGAGACAGAGCCUGUGGCCAAGGCCAAAACUAUGUGACUUGAGACAUUUAUAAGCAGGACUGAACAUUUUCAUCAUCCUCUUUCUUUUACCAUGAACAUGUAAACACCUCCAGUUUUUGCUCUUUCAUAUGGUAUUCAACACAAUAUUUGUGUUUUUAAUAUUUAUGCUACUUCUGUGGGGCAAGAAAUCUGGGAGGGAGCGGAGGAGGCCUUGAGUUGUGAACACAGUAUUUUUAUAGCGUUGGCAUAUGCUUUGAAGUAACAGCUUGAGCCCAAGAAGCUUAACAGAUGAAUUUGUGGGUGUAAAUAUUUCUAAGUUUUAAAUGCUAUCCACCCGUUUCCUUGGCAUCCUCCCCCAUCCCCCCAACUUUAUUUAGAAAUCUCUUCAUUUUUUUUUUUUUUUUUUGCCUUGUUCCCCUUUCCCUACUUCUAUAGAAGGGACUAAAACAAAAAGGUCUAAGCUACAAUGUUUAGUGUGAAAAUACCUUUUUUCUUAAAUAAUUUCAUUUACACAGUAGGAACAAGAAGAAAAAGCCUUCCAGUUUUAGGUUCCGUUGUAGGAUGUGCCUUCCGAAACCUGCUGCACUUUUCGGAUACAGUUCACCACCUUGCUGUCUUCACAGCUUUGGAGAAUUUUGACCAGGAGAUCCUGAAACAUGAAACCAAAUAGACUUUGGGUUUUAUUUUUAAUUGAUACUUUUUCUUUUACCUUGGUGGUACUUUUCUUGGUACCACACUCAAAAGAAAAAAAAAAUGAGAUUAGAGAGCAGUCUGUGGAACAGGUGUACUGUGUCAGUGUGCAUGGGAAUAUCCUGCUGGCUGGCUGAAGAUGGCUGGUAAGAAGCCCGUUAAUACCAGCCAAUGCAAAUCAGAUUGGAUCCAGCUCGUGAAAACUGCCUGAGAUGAAAGAGCCAACACGAAGUAAUCUGAAUAAACUGAUAAAAAAAACCAAACUAUUUCUAAAUAUUUUUAUGCUGUUUUUUAACUUUAAAUUGAAAAUUUCUAAAGAGAAAUGAGGCAGUGGUUUAUUAAAUGUCUACAAAUACACACAUAUAGCUAUUAUAUGCUCUGGUUUUGAGAAGUUAACUUUGUGGAAUAUGAAACUAAAGGAAAAAUCUCCAUGUGAAUAAGUAAGAGUAUGUAAAAAUAUAGUUGCCCAGAAAAACUGGAAACACUUCUGGGAUCUGAAUCACUCUA